UUUGUCCUCCUAUAAAUACCCAACUUGUAUACCACAUCAUUGACAAAAUCUCAAAAACACUUACACAAUUUUUGAACACAUCUUCUUGUUAUCUUCAUGUAUCUUUUGACGUUUAUAUUAAUGAUUUGUUAAAAAAAACAAGAGAUUUUCUUGAGAAUCUUUUGCAUGUUUGUGAUUUUGGUAAAUCUUCAAAGUGCAAUCGGUCUUACGUCCUUCUUCUGACUUCUUCUCCUGCCUCAAGAUUCUGUUCCCUUUUCUAUAUAAUCGUCACCGCCCACCGUCAUCCAUUUGAAAUUUUGCAUUGUCUUUGUAUACGAACAAGUCCCCUUCCACCUUGCUACAAUUUCUAGUUUCACUAUGGCUACGAAAUUAUUGGUAACAUUAGCUAUAUGUCGACUUAUUGUAACCGUGGGAUUCACUUUUAACCCCAAUGACCUUUUACGGCUGGGGCUCGAUGGGAAACUCAGCGCAGACCCAGCCGACUUAGAAGCCGCCUCAGUCGACUUUGGCGGCUUGUACAGAGCCGAGCCGGUGGCGGUUCUUUAUCCAGCUACGUCCGAGGACGUAGCACGGCUAGUGAAGGCCGCGUACGACUCGGCUCGGGGAUUCACCGUUUCAGCUAGAGGACACGGACAUUCGAUAAAUGGUCAAGCCAUGACAACAAAUGGCGUUGUGGUUCAAAUGAGUGGUGGCUUGAAAAAGAAAGUGUUGACUAAAGUUUCGGAGAAAUUAAUGUACGCUGAUGCUUGGGGAGGUGAAUUAUGGAUUGAUGUGUUGACGUCCACAUUAGAAUAUGGACUUGCACCAAAAUCAUGGACUGAUUAUUUGUAUUUAACUCUGGGUGGUACGUUAUCUAAUGCUGGGAUUAGUGGUCAAGCUUUCAAUCAUGGACCUCAAAUUAGCAAUGUCCAUGAACUUGAUGUUGUCACAGGUAAGGGUGAGCUAUUGACAUGUUCAGAAAAAGAAAACUCUGAGUUGUUUCAAGCAGUUCUUGGUGGAUUAGGACAAUUUGGGAUCAUAACAAGGGCAAGAAUUGCACUUGAACAAGCUCCUCAAAGGGUGAGGUGGAUUCGAAUACUAUAUUCAAAUUUUUCAACAUUUACACAAGACCAAGAAUAUUUAAUAUCACUGCAUGGAAAACCAGCUUCACAAAAAUUUGACUAUGUGGAAGGAUUUGUUAUAGUUGAUGAAGGCCUAAUAAAUAAUUGGAGGUCUUCUUUUUUCUCUCCAAGUAAUCCUGUCAAAUUUUCUGAUCUUAAGGCUGAGGGAGGUGUAUUAUACUGCUUGGAAAUCACCAAAAAUUAUCACCUUUCAAAUGCUGAUACGAUUGAUCAGGAGAUAGUGAUUUUAUUGAAAAAAUUAAAUUAUAUACCAGCUUCAGAGUUCACUACUGACCUUCCAUAUGUUGAUUUCUUGGACCGGGUUCACAAGGCCGAGUUAAAACUCCGGUCUAAGGGUUUAUGGGAAGUGCCACAUCCAUGGCUAAAUUUAUUUGUACCAAAAUCAAGAAUUGCAGAGUUUGAUAAAGGAGUAUUUAAGGGCAUUUUGGGAAACAAGACUAGUGGUCCUAUACUCAUCUACCCUAUGAACAAGAAUAAAUGGGACGAGAGGAGUUCAGUAGUGACGCCUGAGGAGGAUGUGUUUUACUUGGUCGCAUUUCUGAGGUCGGCGCUCAAAAAUGGUGACGAGACACAAACAUUGGAAUAUCUCAGCAAUCAAAAUUACGAAAUAUUGAAGUUUUGUGAGGAUGAAAAGAUUAAUGCGAAACAAUAUUUGCCACAUUAUUCAAAUCAAAGAGAAUGGAGGGACCAUUUUGGAGAAAAAUAUUGGACGAGAUUUCAACAAAGGAAAUUAGAGUAUGAUCCAAGACAUAUUUUAGCCACCGGCCAAAGGAUUUUUAUGCCUCCUUUUAAUCCUAAUACUGCUACUUGGUGACGUUUGAUUAGCAAUUAAUUAAUUGCUCUUAUUUAGUAAUUAGGAUUAGUUGUGAUCAAAAUUAGUUACUACUUACUAGUGAUCAUAGAUUGAUAGAUUUGAUAGGAUUAUGUCUAAGUCACUAGUGUAUUUUAUGUACAUAUCAAGUGGCCGAAGAAAGAGCAAAAUCAAUUCACUUAAUUAUUUAUUAGUAAAGAAGAAGUAUGUUUUCCCUUGGGUUACAA